AUGACCUCGUACCAGAACGGCACCGCGCAGAUUCCGGGCUGGAACGACUGUCCGGACACGGUGCUGAACCGGAGCCAGACGAGUCUGGCGAGUAUGGUGGGCGCGGAAGCGGUAGGCGGUGCUGAUCUCGACGAGAUCCGGGCAAAACUGCGCGAGGUGCUGACCUCGCAAAGCACGCUUUCCGAGCGCGAGCUGGCGUAUCACCGGGGAAAACUGGAGAAGGCGACCGAAAUCGACGAAAACCUGAUUUUCGCCGGCGCCAUGGUCGAUCUGAGCCGGCAGGGCGACCAGAAACUGCUGGAGCAGAGCAUUCUGGAGUACAUGAUGGCCAAGUCGAACAGCAGCUGGUGCGGCUCGCUCAAGAAGGUGUUGGUGCAUGCCAAGAAAUGA